AUGGUUGGCAAUGAAUUCAUCAGGGGUGUUUCGGGUGGUGAGCGAAAGAGAGUGUCAGUGGCCGAGGUCAUGGCUACGCAGGCGCCGGUACAGUGUUGGGACAACUCUACAAGAGGCCUGGACGCCAGCAACGCCCUGGACUUGGUGCGCGUCCUGCGACGAUCAGCAGACGAAGAGCACAAGACCAUUGUUGCAACAUUGUACCAGGCAGGCAAUGGUAUCUUUGAUCUUUUUGACAAAGUACUGGUGCUCUCUGAGGGGCGAGAGAUCUACUACGGUCCUGCCACUGAUGCGCGCAAAUACUUUGAGGACAUGGGAUUCGUGUACGCUCCCGGGGCCAACGUCGCCGACUUCCUCACCGCUGUCGCUGUGCCUACUGAGCGGACAAUUGCUCCGGGCCGCGAGGGCUCGGUACCAAACACAGCGGAGGAGUUUGAGGCUCGUUACAAAUCGAGCCGGCAUUUCGAGGACAUGAUGGGACGGAUGACAGCAACCCGUGAGGAUGUGCUGGCUCGCGAGGUCGACGACUUGAAGGCCAUCCGAGAACUGGAGAAGAACCGCACAUUCGGUUUCUUGUCACGAGUUGGGAGCCCAUAUCACGCUUCCUUCUACAAGCAGGUAAUGGCGUUGACCAAAAGACAGUUCGAGAUUCUCUGGGGAGAUCGUUGGUCCAAUGCUCUGCAGCUCGCCUCUUCAAUCAUAAUGGCCCUUGUGGUAGGUAGUCUGAACUACAACCUGCCAAGCACCAGCCAGUCCAUCUUCACCCGGCCUGGUGCUCUGUUCUUUCCGAUCAUGCUGUGGGCUAUGAAUAUGAUGUCUGAGACAGUCGCGUCCUUCAUGGGACGGCCUAUCCUGACCAGGCACAAGCGAAUGGCUUUCAACCGUCCGGCCGCCUACGCCGUGGCCUGCAUUCUCACGGAUAUACCUGUCGUGUGCUUCAUGUAUAGCCUUUUUGAGCUAGUGUACUACUUCAUGGUCGGAUUCCAGAAACAUUCCGCUGGCAAUUUCUUUACACUAUGGUUUGUGUACCUCCUCAACACACUGAGCGGUUUCGUGACGAUGUUGACAAUGGUCUAUGCUGGAUAUCUAAUCCCAACUACAAGUAUGCACCCAUGGUUCCGCUGGAUCGCCUGGAUCAACCCAGCCACGUACGCGUUCGAGGCAGUCAUCGCCAGUGAGAUAGGUAGUCGUACCAUGGAGUGUGUCGCGCCUCAGCUAGUCCCGCACGGUCCUACUUACGAAGGAAGCACGCAUCGCAGCUGCACUGUUCAGGGAUCCGCGCAAGGAGACACGAUGAUCAACGGAGAGGAGUACAUUGAGUUCAGGUAUGGAGCCACAUCCGGCCACAUAUGGAGGAAUGUAGGCAUCCUUAUCGCUUUCUGGAUCUUCUUCGCCAUCUCGGCUGCCAUCGCUUUUGAAGUCAAUCUUCACAGUGGUUCCGGCUCUAAGAUCCUAUACAGCCGUCGACAAUACAAAGCACAGCUCAAGGAGGCCGAUGACGUCGAGAAAGCCCAGAAGAAGAGCAAUCCCGACGAGGUGGACACCAUCUCCACCAGUUCCACAGUCUUCACCUUCAAGGACAUCAGUUACUUUGUGCACCAUGAAGGUCAAGAGAAGCAGCUAUUGCAGAAUGUCUCUGGCUAUGUAAAACCGGGCCAGUUGGUGGCACUGAUGGGGAGUUCCGGCGCUGGAAAAACCACACUCAUGGAUGUCCUUGCGCAGAGAAAGGACAGCGGCCGCAUAGAGGGCAGCAUCAUAGUGAACGGCAUGCCACAGGGCAUCAGCUUUCAGCGAACCACGGGAUACUGUGAGCAGAACGAUGUUCACGAACCAACCGCCACUGUUUUGGAAGCCCUGCUGUUCUCAGCCCGUCUCCGACAGCCCAAGAGCGUCCCGGACUUUGAGAAGCAGGAACAUGUCCGGCGCAUCAUGGAUCUUUUGGAGUUUACCGUUUUGCAACAUGCUGUUAUUGGAAUCCCUGGUGAAGGAUUGUCUAUUGAACAACGCAAGAGGCUGACUCUGGCUGUCGAGCUCGUCGCGAAGCCCUCCUUGCUGUUCCUGGACGAACCUACGUCUGGCCUCGAUGGCCAGUCCGCUUACCAGAUCUGUCGAUUCAUGCGGAAGCUGGCGGCCUCAGGCCAGACCGUGAUUUGCACAAUCCAUCAGCCCUCUGCAACUCUGUUUGAUAACUUUGACGUUCUUCUCCUUUUGGCAAAGGGAGGGAAAACCACUUACUUCGGUCCCACUGGCGAGAAUUCGGCCGUCCUGCUGGACUAUUUCGCUCGCAACGGCGCUCCCUGUGAGCCAGGCAUGAACCCAGCAGAGCACAUUGUCGACGUCGUCCAGGGGCGGUAUGGAACGAGCAUCGACUGGCCACAGAAAUGGCUCGAUUCGGAGGAGUUUAGUCAAACCAUGGCCGAGCUGACAGCCCUCAAUGCCUCAGCUUCAGCAGGGAACGCCGAACACACUGCCGCUGACCGAGAAGAAGACGUGAACGAUUUCGCCAACCCUGUCCUCUACCAGAUCCGCUUGGUCACCCAACGACAAUUGGUGGCUCUCUGGCGGAAUCCAGAUUAUGUUUGGAACAAGAUAGGUCUACAUGUUACUAAUGCUCUGGUUGGCGGCUUUACGUUCUGGCAGAUCGGCAAUGGUUCCUUUGACUUGCAGCUCCGACUCAUGGCGAUCUUCAACUUUGUCUUUGUCGCUCCUGGGUGCAUCAACCAGCUCCAGCCCUUUUUCAUCCGCAAUAGGGACCUGUUCGAGACCCGUGAGAAGAAGUCCAAGACAUACCACUGGCUCGCCUUUGUCUCGGCACAGCUCAUGUCUGAGAUUCCUAUUUUGAUCACCUGCGCCACGGUUUACUUCGCCUGCUGGUACUUCACCGCCGGGUUCCCAGUCAAAGCAAGCGCAUCUGGCCAGGUUUAUUUCCAGAUGAUAUUAUACGAGUUCCUUUAUACCUCGAUUGGUCAAGCUAUCGCUGCUUACUCUCCAAACGAAUACUUCGCCGCACUCGCCAACCCACUCAUCCUUGGUGCUGCCCUUAUUAGCUUCUGCGGCGUCGUUGUCCCAUACUCAUUGAUACCGACCUUUUGGCGCUACUGGCUCUACUGGCUGAAUCCAUUCACAUACCUGAUCGGUGGUCUCUUGGAGCCUGUUGUCUGGAACGUCAAAGUCCAGUGCAAGCCUGAGGAGCUGACUUCCAUCCCGCUGCCGGACAACACCACCUGUGGCGACUACAUGGCCGAUUUCCUCUCCGACAAUGCCGGGUAUGUGGUCGAUGCAGGCAGCACACGCUCGUGCGAUUACUGUGCCUAUAGCACCGGGGCCGACUACAUGAAGAGCAUGAACAUCAAUGCAAGCUACUACGGAUGGAGAGAUGUAGGUUGGAAUCACGGCGUUGUUCUGUAUCAGCUCUUAUGCACUUGUCUUUUUGAUGAUGAAGUUAAGAACUAG